GCGAGGCAUUGACAGGAUGCUGCUGGUUUUCUCUCACUGAACACAUGGCAGGGAAAGAAAAGGAGGAAGUUUGAAACAGUUCCAGUUUCAGGGGAAUCCGGCGUUGCUGUGGCGGUGGAACAGUUCCUCCAAUGGCAUAGUGGUGAGAUCUACACAUUGCACGGUUCCGCUGAUUGCCAAAAAGAAAAAACAGGAUCAAAGUUUGCCGACAUGCUGUGACAAUCAGGUGUGCUGGAAGGGAGUCGGCGGGGAAAAUGUCUGCCUGCACUCUGCAGAUGGCGGGAUGAAGUGCCUGGGAACUUUUAUCGGCUCUGGAAGACUUUUACCUCGGUGAUUGUGUGUGUCCAAGGUUGUGCGGUUUGCAAGACAAGGCCAGACAUUUGUCUUGAUUCCAUGGGCUGAGAACGGGCAAGCCGAGGGGACGGGACGAGCAAAACCCUCUAUCAAGACCUGAUCUAUUUCCACCAACAGUUUAGUGUAUUCAUGAGGUUACACUAAUGUGGAGGCAGCAAAAUUACUGUAAUCAGUUGAAACAGCGAGUGUGCAUCCAUCGCUACGAUCAUUUGGAGAUAAUCUAUCAGCCCGACGUCUAUGUAACGAGGAAAGGAGGGCACUAGAUUACUGUUGAGUUUCACUGAGAAGUCCAUGAUUAUUGGAUAAGGGAGUUUGGUCAGUGACAAUUCACAGUACCGCAUCCUCUGAAAUCCUUUUUCUUUCUUCUUUUUUCUUUUUUUUGUACCCGACAAAAGGAGGCGAGCCUCCGGUCCAGGAGGAUAAUCGGAGCAUGGAGGUUAGGUACAAUCAAGAGACAGAAGGAAUGGUGCUGAAGAACAGACUAAAGGAGGGAAAGGACAGUAAAGAUUCCCAAGGCAACCUAUCCAGAGGCUUCCUUAAGGAACAGCAGGAUUCCUUUUCACCGUCUGGGAACAUGGACAACUGUGAGAAGAACAAGGGGAACGCAGGGGAUCCCGACUACUGUCGGAGAAUCCUUGUCCGAGAUGCUAAAGGCUCUAUCCGUGAAAUCAUCCUGCCAAAAGGUUUGGAUCUGGACCGGCCGAAGCGAACGCGCACCUCCUUCACUGCAGAGCAGCUUUAUCGCCUAGAGAUGGAGUUUCAGAGGUGUCAGUAUGUGGUCGGGAGGGAGCGGACCGAACUGGCCCGUCAGCUCAAUCUCUCUGAAACUCAGGUAAAAGUGUGGUUUCAGAACCGCCGCACAAAGCAGAAGAAGGACCAGGGGAAGGACUCGGAGUUGCGCUCGGUGGUUUCGGAGACGGCCGCCACGUGCAGCGUGCUCAGACUGCUGGAGCAGGGGCGGCUGCUGACUCCUCCGGGCCUGCCGGGCCUCCUGCCCCAUUGCGGCUCUUCUCUGCGCCCCCCCUCCAUCGCCAUGGCCAGCAACAGCAGCAGUAGCAGCAGCAGCAGUGGAGGCAGCACUGGGACGGCUGGCGGCAGCCCUCCGCUGCCUGCCGUCACCUCGUCAGGGACGGUGGCGGGGUUGCAGAGCCCGCCGUCCGCUCACGGCUUUUUCAGCUUCCCAAUGCCGUCCAUUCUCAGUGGCGUGGCCACCCGCAUUUCGUCCAAUCCCCUCUCUAUGGCUGGCUCGCUGGCUGGCAACCUGCAGGAGCUUUCUGCACGCUACCUGAGCUCCUCUGCCUUUGAGCCUUACUCACGGACCAAUGGCAAAGAAUCCAUGGACAAGAAGACUCUGGAAUGAUGGUUUGUGGUUUUGCUCUCAUACGGAUUCCUGUUUGCUUCUGGAAGCGUUUCAUUAGUUUUAUUAGCUGUUCCUAUCUUUGUUUGGUUUUACCAAGUGUCUGUCAUUUGUCAAUGUCACCUUCUCUAACAAGCUUAUGUAUUCCUGCACAUCUGGCACCUUGUACAAGGAGCGAAGGAGGAACCAAGAAAACAAACAACAUUCGCUCGUCAGAUGUCAGUGAAAGGACUUUGCACAAAUCUUCACACAAAUAUUUAUACGGAAACAGAAAGGCAGGCUGAGUUGGAUGCAAAAAAUCUUUACUUUUUUUUUUUUGGUUAAAGAAAUGAUCUCUCUGCCACACAUUCUGAUUUAACACAACUAAUCUGAAGCAUAAAAAGGUCCAGGCCAGAUAAAGCAAGCGCUUUAGGCUGCUGCAUAGCAGUAACGUCUCAGACAGGCGGUCGAAUAUUUAAGGUAAUUGGCACCUAUCUAAACUGCGUUUCAUCCGUCGGAAUUGUUGGUUCGAUGCAGCACGUCGCAGCGAGAAGACACAGGGCAGAAAUAGCCAAGCAGCAAGCAGCUUGUGUGAUCUAGUGAGCCCAUCGGAGCGUUUAAAACCUGUUUGCGGCGGCAUGAAUGAGUGAAGCGGGAGUUUCUGAGGGAGGAGGAAAGCGCCUCUGAGUGAAAGCUGCUGCACAGCCAGUCUCAAACUCAUAAUCCAGCGCUUUUGACGCACAGACGCAGCUUGGAUUUUCAAAUGCUUCAGGAUGAGUCAGCUUGUAGAGACAAUGUGAUCAUGUGGAACGUUCACUGUUAUUUUUCUGUUUUGUGAAGAUUUUAAAAGCAUACUCUUCUCUGUUAAAUUUUUGCCACCAAAAUGCAGUACACCUAUUUUUUCCCCCCCCUUUUGUUGAUGUAAAUGCUAUUUUACCCCCACUGUGUUCCCGAGUUUAACGCGGGUGUGCGUUCUGUGACAGGAACAGACACCCGAGAGGAGAAAAUGUAUUCGGCGUCGUUUUGGGAGAAAGGUUUUCGACAAUAUAGUUCCAUCUCCUGUUUUGAAAAGAAAAGAAAAAAAAAAACGAGCAAAAAAUAAAGUUGAAGUUCAGACAAGAGAAUGAAUGAAUGCUACUACUGUUGUGUAAAAACACCGGUUGAGAAUUGUACCAUAAAGUUGUUAUUUUAUUGUAAAAUAUUGACAUCUGUAAUUAAUUGAUGAUUUGUAUAUUUGGGAAAGUAAUGUAUGGAUGAAUGUUUUAGUGUGGUUGAUAAAUCAAUCUAAAGGUUAUUGGUGCUGUUGUUGUGAAAUAUCUUAAAAUUUGUGAAACGUGUUAAACAAAUGUGCCUAUAUGAUAUGUAAAUGGCUACAAAGUGUCUUUUUUUUCCAUACGUGUCGCUGCAAAUGAUGUUAUGAUGCAUUUCAUGACUGUUUUACCUCGUAUAAAACAGCCUGGUGAGGAAGCUCGUAGCGUGGUGUGCUGAUGUGAUUGCUGCUUUCACCGACAGGAAACGGUGAGUGAAUGAGUGAGUGAGUGAAGGCACGGGGCUGAGAGUCAAAACUCGUCAGAUUAGAAAGAUCACGAUUCGACGAGUCAAAGGCAAAACGUGAAGAACCAGGAACCGGAACCGAGACGUGGCAGUCAUUAGAAAAUUUAAAGAGGGUUUUAGUAGAGAAAAAUUUCCUUUUUUUUUUCUUUUUUUUUUUUUUUUACUUCUCUAGAUAUUGAUGGAAAAAGUGUCACAACACAAACAGACCACGAGGUGCCGAAAUACUUUUAACAGCCGCACUUUCAAAAGAUUAAAAGAUUCUCACGAGGGAAAAGUUGCAACAUCUCCCAUUAGAGGCUUGAAUUAGGAAAUAGUUGGAAUUUCUACAAAUGAUGUGAGGAGGAUUGCUCUGCAGCCCCCACCACACACCCCCACGCGCGCGCGCGCGGAUCCUUCC